UGAUAGAAAUUUGAGCAAAAAUUAGAUUUGAACAUCCAGAUCUGUUUCUUAAUGCAUCCUUCUCCCAGAUGAGGGUGCCUCCUCUCAUCCCUGCGACGACACCUACUGUGGUCCCUUCCCUGAAUCGGAACCCGAAGUCAAGGCCGUCGCCAAGUUCCUGCGUAAGCACAAGAAGCAUGUCAGAGCAUACAUAUCCAUCCACGCCUACGCCCAAAUGCUGCUUUACCCUUAUUCCUACAAGUAUGCCACUAUCCCCAACUUCAGCUGUGUGGAGUCGGCGGCUCACAGUGCAGUGACAGCCCUGUACUCUGCCUAUGGAGUGAGGUACAGAUACGGACCUGCCUCCACAACUCUCUAUGUCAGCUCAGGCAGCUCUAUCGAUUGGGCGUACAGGAACGGGAUCCCGUACGCGUUUGCGUUUGAGUUAAGGGACACAGGAUACUUCGGCUUCCUCCUGCCCGAAUCCCUGAUCAGCCCGACUUGCACUGAGACUAUGAGGGCUGUGAAAGCCAUUGCAUCAGGUCUGCUGAAGAAGUGUGAGACAGACAGGGACAGAUUUCCAUAUAUAUGACCAUACUGUAGGUCCCUAGAGCCCCACCCUCACGGCUACUUAUCUGAACACCUCAUAUUCCUCUGAGAUUUCAUAUUAAUCCCAGAUGUUAUCAGGUGGAGAGCUGCAACAGACAACCAAAGCGUAAUUUGUUUUUCUUGUUUUUGAGGCUCUUCACUUUAUUUUCUUGCCUUUCUGAUAUGAUAUGAACUGAUGGUGGUGGGUUUUUCGUGCCAAAAACCAAAAAUCCUUCAAGUAACCAGCUUGUUUACAUACAGUAAGCUCACACACACACACACACACGCACACACACACACACACACACACACACAGUGUCAGAGAGCAUCCUGUUGGAUCAGUGAGCUACGAUUUGUGCCAUCUAAGUUGUGAACAUGAAUCUGGCCCAGGAUUCUCUCCAGCAUGUAAUCCUCUCUUUGUCCCCCAAGAUUUACUGUAGCUCUCCACUAACAAAGAAACAAACAGGAUUGAUGCAGAUUUUACUAUCAAAUAAGCUUUUUUUCCCCAGUGAAUGGCAGUCAUGUAAGCACUUGUCAUGAUACAGCAGCACUUUUUAAACACAUUUAAUAUUUUAAUGUCAUCCAAAGAUGUGUUAUAUUAAAAUAAACGUUUAACAAGUUUUAGUUUUUUAAUGAAUAUAAGAGCAUCAUUGAUUACUCAUUAUUCUGGUUGCUGUUUUAUUACUUUAUUUUGGAUUAGUCCUACCAUGUGCCAGUUUAGACUCAAUCUAUGCUGUUCACGUAUUAAUGCCUUUAUUACUGCAAUAUUGUUGGUGUACAUAAUGUGCUAUCACCUGACAAUCUAGGGUUUGGUUUAAAUGGAUAUUUCUUUUUCUCUUUUUUUUUUUCGUUAGACAUGUUUGUUUUUUUUUGUUUUUUUCCUUUUCAUUUGGUUCAGACUAAAUUUGGAAAGUCUAGCCUGUCAGUUCAGCAGCUUACUGUGUCAUUACUCAGGUAUGGAUCAGUGACAGGGUCAGAAAUGUUUACCUUUCACAGCUUAUGUGCUUAAUGUGAGACUUUAAUAAAUGUAUAAUAUCAGACUUGAAUAAAUGUUGUUAUAUAACACAGUACAUAUUUAUCUUGUCACAUUUAUGUCAUCUUUACAUACAUUUAUUUUGCUCUGUUUUUGACUUUAUCAUUAGAAAUGCACUAUUUAUAUAACACCCCCUCUUCCAUUUAUCAACAAUGAGAGAAGUGAGAUGUCACAUUUGCAGCCCUUAAUUGUGUUCUAUAAAUGUUUUGUACACAUAUUCAUGGGCAUGUCUGAUAAUAAAAAUUA